GGCAAAAAAGGGGAAAUCUGUGGCGUGCCGCCUUUGCCCCUCACUUCCUUUCACCUACGAUGGCGUUGACGACGCAGGCGCUGAGCAAUCUCGUCGAGACGAAGAAGGAACAUGCCGCCGCGGCCCUUGAAAAGCUCGGAGGUGUAGAGGGCGUGGCCCAUAGCUUGAAUGUGACGUUGGAACAAGGUCUGGACACAAACGAUGCUGCGGACCUCGCCGCCCGCGAAGCCAAGUACGGGAGGAACUACAUCGAGGCCGACAAGCCGCUCACGUUGUUUCAAUUGAUGUGGCAGGCGUUCAAUGACUUGACCAUUAUCGUGUUGACAUGUGCGGGGACGAUUUCCCUCGUCCUCGGGUUCAUUCCCAUGCCCAAAUCGACGUCAACGGCCGGUGGCCACGACGACACGGACUCCACGUGGAUCGAAGGCGCAUCGAUUUUGUUCGCCGUGCUGAUCGUGACCUUUGUCACGGCCAUCAACGACUACCAAAAGGAGCAACAAUUCCGCGCGCUGAAUGCGGUCAAGGAAGACGAGAAGAUCAAAGUCAUUCGCAACGGCGUGCCUGCUGAAGUGAGCAAGUUCAAUUUGGUCGUGGGGGAUAUUGUCCGUGUGGACCUCGGCGACAUCAUCCCUGCAGACGGCUUGGUGUUUGACGAAAGCGACUUGAAGCUGGACGAAAGCGCCAUGACGGGCGAGUCGUUCUUGAUGAAAAAGGACCGCCAAACGGCGCCGUUCCUGCUGUCGGGCACCAAGGUCAUGGAAGGCGUGGGCAAGAUGCUCGUCAUUUGCGUGGGGGAGCACUCCCAGGCGGGUCAAAUCACCCAGUUGAUCGCUGGUCCCGUCGAGCCCGCCACCGACAACGACGAAGACGAAGUCGUUUCGCCGCUCCAAGGCAAGCUGGACAACUUGACCGUGAUGAUUGGAUCCCUUGGCAUGUACACGGCGUUGUUUGUGUUUGUGGCCAUGGUGGUUCGGUUUUCGGUCGUCAAAUUCUGGAUCCAAGGCGAUGCCUGGAGCAACGAGUACCUCAAGGACUACCUCAACCACUUCAUCCUCGGGGUCACGGUGCUCGUGGUGGCCAUCCCGGAAGGCCUGCCGCUGGCUGUGACGAUCGCACUGGCGUUUUCCGUCAAGAAGAUGCUCAAGGACAACAACUUGGUGCGCCACUUGGACGCGUGCGAGACCAUGGGCAGUGCCACCACCAUCUGCUCCGACAAGACCGGUACCCUCACCACCAACCGCAUGACGGUCAUGGAAUCGUUUGUGGGGAAGUCCGCGUUCAUGUCGGCGGCGUCGCUCCGACUCCAAGUUAGCGCUGACACCAAGGAUAUUCUCACCAAGAGCAUCUGCCUCAACUCGACGGCCGAGAUUCUCCCGCCCAAGCAAGUGGGGGGGCAGCCAGAACAUACGGGCAACAAGACCGAAUGUGCGCUGCUCCAAUUUGCCGCCGACCUCGGCGUACAAUACGCCGACGUUCGCAAGGAAAACGCUCUGGUGCGGAUGAUCACAUUCAGCAGCGCCAAGAAGCGCAUGUCCGUGGUCGUGCCGUUGUCCGAUACAAAGGUCCGAGUCUUCACCAAGGGCGCCAGUGAAAUCGUUUUGGGCUUGUGCACGUCGCAGCUCAACUUGGACGGAACCACAUCAUCCUUCUCAACAGCCGAAAAAAACAAGGUCAAUGCAUCCGUGAUUGAAAAGUACGCCAGUCAAGCCUACCGCACGCUGUCGUUGGCGUACCGUGACGUGGACGCCACCGUCGAUGAGAUCAAGGAUGCGUCCCAGUGGUCGGACGACGACAUCGAGCAGGACCUGACGUGCAUUUGCAUCGUCGGGAUCGAAGACCCGGUGCGCGACGAAGUGCCCGAUGCCAUCCGCCAGUGCAACCGAGCCGGCAUCGUCGUACGCAUGGUCACGGGUGACAACAUUGCCACGGCCAAGUCCAUUGCGCUCAAGUGCGGGAUUCUCGCGCCCGGUGACAAGUCCAUCGUCAUGGAAGGCGCGACGUUCCGCGCCCGGGUGCACGACGACAACGGCAACUUCCUUCAGGACGAGUUUGACAAGAUCUGGCCCCAUCUCCGCGUGUUGGCUCGGUCGAGUCCCAAGGACAAGCACACGCUUGUGACAGGGUUGAUUCAGUCUGACGUCAAGACGUACGGGCCCCAGGUGGUGGCCGUGACGGGCGAUGGGACGAACGACGCCCCGGCUUUGAAGAAGGCGGACGUCGGGUUUGCGAUGGGGAUCUGCGGCACGGCGGUGGCCAAGGACGCGUCGGACAUCAUUCUCAUGGACGACAACUUCAGGUCGAUCGUGAAUGCAGUCAAGUGGGGCCGCAACGUAUACGACUCGAUCUCGAAAUUCCUCCAGUUUCAGCUGACCGUCAACUUGGUCGCGAUCACGAUUGCCAUUGUCGGCGCCGUGUUCUUAGAGGAAUCGCCGCUCACGGCCAUUCAGUUGCUGUGGGUCAACUUGAUCAUGGACACAUUUGCAUCGUUGGCGCUGGCCACGGACUCGCCCACGCAGGCCAUGCUCGAGCGCAAGCCGUACCCGCGCACCAAGCCCCUCAUUUCCGAGACCAUGACCAAACACAUUCUCGGCCAAGGCGUGUACCAGCUGACAGUCCUCCUGACCCUGGCAUUUGCAGGGGACUGGAUUCUGGGCAUUCCGUCCGGGCGCAAGGGGGACCGUAUGUCCAACGACCCGUCCGUGCACUACACGCUCAUCUUCAACACGUUUGUGUUCAUGCAAGUGUUCAACGAAAUCAACUCGCGCCGCAUCCACGACGAGCUGAACGUGUUCGAAGGCAUCUUCGCCAACAAACUCUACGUCGGCAUCUCGAUCUUCCAAGUCGUGAUGCAGUAUUUCAUCGUCCAGUUCGGGUCGGUGGUGUUUGGAUGUCACGAGCUGGACGCGACCCAGUGGCUCCUCUGCGUCGGCCUCGGCGCCGUCUCGCUGCCCCUCGGCCUGCUCCUCCGCCUCGUACCCGUGCCCGUGGCGCUGGGCUUUGAGCCGGAAAAUCUGGCCCUUCCCGGCACCGAUGUAUUUUUGCGGGGGGUCACCCGUGUGACUACUCAAAUUCGCGUCGUCAACGCGUUCAAGCGCCCACUGACCAAGCGUCGAAGCUCCCUUGUUUAGCAUCUUACUUAGCUCAAACUUGAAAUGUGUUAUAUGCAUACACCACACAGUCGAGUAAUAUAAAUUGCAAGCUUCGUAUCCUCGCCA